AUGCGGCUCCACCUCACCAUUCAGCGUCACGGCCUGCCCGUGACGCGCAUUCUCUGGACGACGUCCCCGCCUUCGCUUUUCGGACACAAUCACCCCAACCCGUCGUCGUUAUUACCUGCUACUUCAUCGGCCGUUACGUCGUCGCGUAUGCCAAACGCGUUAUACGCGAAUGGAGGAUAUACUAUCGCACAGCUGCUGGAGGACGUGAACGAGGUUAUACCGCUAGAGACAGAACCCCGACUUUUCGAAGAUGAAUCAAGCGGGCAGUGGGGCUUGGAAGAUUAUGCAGUUGAAGUUGGAGGGUCGGAAUGCUUGCAUUUCAUGGAGAUAGAGGGUAUCCUUAGGGACGGUGAUGAGGUCCUCAUACGUGCCCUGCAGGUGUCCGACCUCAAGGUCAGGCAGAUCUCGGGCCGGCACCAGAUAUCCGCUGAUGGCAGACACCUCAUUGAUGGGGUCCCGUUUGGGAAACCGUUCUUGAAGAGACCGACGUCGUCGAGACCUGCCAUCACGAUUCCGCCGAGGAAGAAGAGACGCACUGCUCUUGCGCUCUGGGGGACUGGCAAUGCUUAUGAGGAGGAGGAUUCGGAAUGGGCUCCUCCUGUUCCUCGGCAUGGUACUGGCAAGGAGCUUUCCCUUCUGAAUCCGGAGAGUGAGGCCGAGAAGAUGGAUGAGGAUGUCGACGAAUAUGAGGACGCUUACCAAGAUGACUAUGAAGAUUAUCAUGAGCCGAAUGAAGACGGUGAAGGUACUGUCAUUCGGCAUCACGUCGAUAAAACGAGCGAAGGCACAGAAAGUGAUAAUGUUUCCGGUUCUGAAUCUGGAGAUCUCAGUCAAGAACUACAAGAUCUCAAGAAAGAUAUUGAGCUUUCAGGACUGUUGCCAGAGUUGGAGGAGCCUGACGCGAGUCGUCGCGGCGAUUCUGCGCGUCCGAGACCGAGCAUUCCCCAACCAGCUCUCAGAAAGAGUUCUCUUUCGCGUCGGUCUACUGGAGACACCUUUGAUGGAGAAGCCUCCCGAAGAGAGUCCAAGAGCGUCAGUUUUGGCAAACAGAAACAGGAAUUACCGACAACCAAGCUUGCGACUUCGGUACCUAGGGCUGGUUCAAUCUCGGAGGAAGCCGAGGACUCUGUCUCGAACGAAAGUGAUAGCGAUAGCGAUAGCGAUAGCUCUCCUAGUGGGUUCGAAGCCUCUGAUUCUAGUGACGAGGAGUCCUCAUCGGAUGAGUCUGAAUCUGAGUCUGCAUCCGAGCCCGAAAUUGCAUCCGCGGCUGCCCCUGAAUCAUCCUCUGGAUCAGAAAGUGAUUCCUCGUCAGAACGCUCUGCAUCAGAAUCAGAACGAUCAGAAGCCGAGCAAAAAGAGGUUUCCAAAGCCAGUCAUGCCGUGAAGCCUGUUCACGAAGCCAACCCACCUGGGGCUGGCUCGGAGAGGACAAGGAAGUGUAAUCGACGCGCUAAAAUGCGGCGACGACUCACAAAGUUGAAGCAGAUGGGCUUCCUCGAAGAAAAUGCGGAUUUUGAUGCCCUCCGAGAGUGGGACUCAAAGAACACGGACUCCAGCAUUUCUAACACGGGUCCUAAUCGAAUAAAUCGAAAAACACAAGAACAGGAAGUAUUCGAGGCGAAACGUCGAAAGUUGCUUCGUGAUUUAGAGUCCGGAGGAGUCGAUGUCUCGUUUGUGUCUGAGAAGGAGAAUUUGACCCCGAGAUCAGUUGGCGAUGAUACGUCGGAGUUGCCUGAAGAUCACGAUGAGACAUAUGAGACUGCCAACGACACAACUCCAGCCAAUGCUGAACUUACAAAGCGUCGCUCUCUGGAUGUGGCCAGCACCCGACGGCUUCUUUUCGGCUCCCUCGGUGUGAGAAACCCGCGCUCUAAGGAGGAGGAGGAGGCCACUCGAAAGAAACUGGCUGGCAAAGCUCGACCAAGUACAGUUCAGCAAACAAAGUCCGAAGCAAACGAGCAGGCAUCCACCGAGGACCGCGAAGAUGAAUCUGAAGUGAAUUGGCGUGAGAAACUGACAGUUGGCGCAACAGAAUGUGUCUUCGAUGAUAUUGAGCUGAGUGCACCACCUUUCCCAUUUGAACAACAUUGGGACACCGAAGCUGGGGAUGAAAUGCGGCGACGAAGAGGCCGGAACAAGAAAAGAAAGAGGAGGCAACAACUCCAGGUUUACGACGAGGAAGCGUAUGGUAAUGAGGUUGACUACUAUGGGGACGAUGACCAGCAACUCAACUACGACGACGCGGAGCAACCAGGAGAUGAAGCCGAGAACAAGGAUUUGACAAGAACCAGGACGGCUGCAGACACCGAGGAUGAUCUCCCUGACCUCCCAGAGGAUGCGAGUGGUCUGCCGGGUCUCACGACAAGUGAACUAAAACCAGGUCUUGUUUUCGCCUUCAAGCAGCUGGAUGUGUCGAAGGCUACGAACUGGCAGCCUAUGGUGUUGGAUUACCGCAUUGCCGUAAUUAGCGAGGUCUUCGACGAUAACAUUCUCAAAAUUCAACUCGCCAAGCCGUAUAGGAGACAACCCAAAGAUGCGUACGCUGAAGGGGGGCCAUUCAGCUACAGCGGAUUUGAAAUGCCCGGCAUGGAGGAUGACGAGGAAUUGGACUAUGGUAUUCGCGAAGUUCCAUUUGACGAUCUGCUUGAGCCCAAGGUGCUCCGCGCUGCGCCUGCUGCAGAUGCUGGAGAGAAAGAUACCGCCAGCAUCUUUCCUGCAGACGACGAGCAACCUGCGCAAGAGCCUAGCCAAUCUGUGAUCGAUGAGCCAGCAGCAAGCGAUGGGCACGACGACCAGCUUGUAGAAGUAUCUAGCCAACGAGCUCUAUCUUCUAAUGAAAAACAAGUUUCAACUCCCGAUCCCGCGCUCCAAGAAGGCAGUCUCGUUCAAUCACCUCGAUUUGAAGGAUUCGAAGAUUCAGCUAUGAUGACUAUCGAAAGCGACCCGGUGGAUUUGAGCUACAUUCGUGACGAAAUCCAGGGGAAUUCUCCUAAAGGUGACGAUUCGCAAUCUCAGCUUCAGUCUACUUGCCCUCCCAACGUCGACAGUCACGACCUCCAAGAAACGGGUACGACGGAUCAACUGCAGACCAUCAGCAGCCCUGUUAGUAUAGGGUCAUAUCACAAGUUGAUGAACUUUUUCCUGCAUCCAUCUCCAAAACGCGAGGAGAAGGGAAGUCCUGUCGAACCACGCUCAGAGCCUGGAUCUCCCAUGGUUCCCAACCCAUUCUACGAAAUCGACAAAGCCCGCGAGGAACGUCGGCAACGCUCUCUUCCCAAAACACAGCGAGAUCGGUCCUAUGAUAGCGCUUCCGGCAGGAGCAGCAGGCAGUCCUCAAAACCUGCAGAGGUGGACGAUCUCUCAUCAUCACCUCCAAAACGUGCUCGAAAACGCAAGGCGCCCUCGCCCGUGCAAGAUCGGGGGAAAGAGCGGGGGAAAGAGCGGGAGACUUCACCGGUCAGCAUAAUCCCGGACAGUGUCCAAGGGGCAACACGAGACCAAACUCCUCCAUCUUCGCAGAUGCCCGCUUCGCAAAUGCCAGAUCCAGAAUUUAUUGUGGACUUGACACAAUCUAGCCCUCCAGUGUCGCCUGGUGGCAGCGACGAGGAUUUUGCAAAAACGCACCGGCUUCCCCGGGGGUCUGGAUGGGUUCAAAAGAAUAACCAGGCGACGCGCAGGCAGACUAGACAGUCUUCGGCGUCGAGCCGGGUGAUCCGGACGUUGGACACAGGAAGCAUCAGCCCACCGCGACGGAGGCGGGGACGGCGGUCUAGAUCUUGA